UUGGUUGUAGUUGUUGAGAUGGAGAGUUGAUGAUUAAGGUGUGUGGUAGUGUGGUUGUAUAUAUAGAUGAAUGGCUGUGAAAGGAGGUGGAUUCAGUUUUGGGAUUUUCAAGGGACAUAGGCAUUUGAAGUUCACAUGGCACUGUCUAGGAAGUCAUACAUAGAAAAUAAGCCUAUCAAGAGAAACAAGCUACAAAGGCAGGACUAUAUCCACAUCUUUAUUUUAUAAUUUUUAUAUGAAUAUGUGAUCACUUGGAUAUGAGACAUGCCUAAGACAUAUUAUGGUCAAUUGUCCUCAAAGUUGUUGUAAUGGGGUUUGAAAUAUAUAUAUGAUAUUGGGGUAUUUUGUUUCAUUUCAAAGUUGGGUCUCACCUUUGAUAUGCCUAAAACAUCUAAUUACAGUCCAUGGUGACUUGUUAGACAAUACCAUGUGAUUACACAAGGAGUAUACCUCACUAGACCCCAUCUAAGCAAAUUUUCUCUGUUUUUUCCUUGACCAUUCAUUUAUGUGAACAUCCUAUCAAAGAGUAUUGGUUAUAAAUACACCUAUGAAUGAUAUCACUAACCAUCCCAAGUCCUCAAACUCACACUUACCAAGUCUUUCUGAUAAUCUCUAGCCACCUUUCUUCAAACACACUCUUAUUAUUACAAUAAUGGGUUUUCGCUUUGCUAACUUAGUUCAUGCCAAGCAACUCAUUCAGAGGCCUUUUUCAAGCACAAAAGACAUUCCAAAAGGCUUUGUGGCAGUUUAUGUUGGCGAUGAGAGCAGAAUGAAGAGGUUUGUGAUCCCUGUGGCAUACUUGAAUCAACCUUCAUUCCAACACUUUCUAAGUCAAGCUGAAGAAGAAUUCGGAUUCGAUCAUCCAAUGGGAGCUCUUACAAUUCCAUGCACAGAAGAUGCCUUCAUCAAUCUUAUUUCUCACUUAAGCUCCUAAGCUUAUGAGCUUACACACCAACAGAUGAUAACCACAAACAAACCUUAUUGUUACAUUUUUUUUGGGCAGACACAAUGCCUUUAUUGUAAAUAUUUUUUCCUUGGGAACAGAAAUUUGUCCCAAGAAUGAUACAAAUGAAUACUAUUAGAAUUUUUCUCA